AUGGAGAACUGGUCCAGUGUUGGGACAAGCAGAGUAGCGAAACACAGAUCCUCGGAUGGAAAUUUGGUGACAUUUUUUUAUACUGCUUUGGCUGAGGCACUGGAUGAUGCUGUUGUAGAGUUCUUCUUUGCCAAGAACAUCUCCUUCAACACAAUCCGAAGAGACAACUUGAAGAGAAUGCUGAAAGUUGCCGCAAAAGUGGGGCGUCCAGCGAUUGACAACCUCAUGGGAUGUGAGAAGUUGCGGACAACUAAGCUACAGCGAAUCUACAACAACGUUCAGAAGUGGCUUGAAGAUGUGCGGCUAAGUUGGAGGAUAUAUGGUUGUACCAUUGUCACGGAUGGCUGGUCUGAUAUUAAGAAGCGGUCUUUUAUCAACUUCAUGGUCAAUUCUGUGAGAGGCUCAAUUUUCCUGAAGGCUGUGGACAGCAAGAACGCGAAGAAAACCAGAGCAUGGUUGUUUAAGCAGCUGAAACAAGUGAUUGUCAAGGUUGGUGCGGAAAACGUUGUGCAGGUGGUGAUGGACAAUGCAAGCAACUACAUGGUCAUGGGGGAGCUUUUGCAACAGGAGUUUCCACAGAUUGUACACAUUCGCUGCAUUUGCCACAUUAUGGACUUAUUGUUCGAAGAUAUUGGAGCUCUGUCUUGGGUGCAGCCUUUCGUCGAUGGCUGUGCGAAGAUAGUUACCUUCAUCACCUCAAAGCCAUGGUUUAAGAAGCCGGAUGGCCUGGAGCUGCGAUCUCGUGUUCUCGAUGACUCGUUCUGGGAGUGGUGCGAGAAUUUGUUAAUUUUGCUCAGACCUUUACUUCGAGUUCUUCGGCUCGCUGAUCAGGAGGGGGCGACUUCAGGCCUCAUCUUUGAAGCUGUUGAUCGGCUGAUUGAGAAGAUGGAUGAAGGAGCUCAAAAUGGAAUUUAUGCAUAUGAGGAAGUGGGACAAAUAAAGGAUUUCCUACUUGAAUCACACGGUCUGAAGGAGGCAAGGUGGUAUCAAAUGCACAAUGUCAUUCAUGGAGCUGCUUUUGCUUUUCAUCCUCUAUUUCUGGGGGAUAACCCGGAGAACAACAAGCUGGACAAUGAGGCAUGCAAGAACUGGCUGGAGUACAUGCAUGUUUAUAGCUGA